AGUGAGGACCCAGGACACAUGUCGGAUGGCUGAGGAGGGAGGAGUGAGGACCCAGAUCGGAUGACUGAGGAGCAGGAGCUGGCUGCCGAGGAAGUUGGAGCGAGGUGUGAUGUCUGCUUUGAGGGAGGGGUGAGUUGAAAAGCAGACGAUGUUGCAUUCCUCUAGCAUAGGAGAUCGCAUACAGGACAGGAAUUGCCUCGGAGUAUGUGCUGAAAUGCGUUCUGUAAUCCUUAACGUACUGGCCCCUCCUCCAAUCGAUGACAUCACACGGCCUUCCUCCAUCAUUCUUAUGGGCAACACAAUUAUUCUUCCCCCAUCUGCCCUACCUUCUCGCCAAAUAGACCAACCCUUUCGACGUCAUGCAGUAAGGAAACUUUGGCCGAGGAUGUACUAAAAUUGUUGCUGCAGUCACACCUCGGUCCUGGACACAUAUCAUGUUCCAAUCUCCCCCCUCGUGUCUCAUUUCUCGGUCCACCCGCCUCGGUACUCAGCCCUCAAGCUCUCCGUCCUCUGCAUCUGCAUUCCGCUUCUAUAAGAGAGCACAUACAGGAGACUGAUUUCUCCUCAGGCUGUCCUAAAAUGCUUUUGUCGCUUAUGGGAUCUCCUCUUUCUUUUUCCCCGACAGGUACCUGCUUCCCCAAUCCCAUCCUUCAACGCAACAUUAUCCCAGGCCCCUUCUCCAAAUCUCGACAUGGCCAUCAUUCUUACGGGCUACAAUGUAUUGCUGCUUCUAAAGCCCUGCUUGCUCUCAUGUUUCUAACGUAAUGAUCAUAUAGCGCAAAAGAGAAAGCAGGGCGGGUGAGUGUGCAGCCCUUCAGGAGAAUGGAUGAAAGCCGAAGUGUGACGUCAGAUGGAGGCGGACCAAUGGAUGAUGUCGCAGGGAGAAGGAUGAUUGGUGAAGCUGGGACCUGUCAGGAGAGAGUAAGAGGAGCUCGCAUAGCUGAAAUGGGAGGGAGGAGACUGAAUGAAGAAGGCGGGACCUGUCAGCACAAAAUAAGAAGAGAUCGCAUAAGUGCUACCAGCAGUGGGGAAGGUGAACUAAGGAUUUCUAAGCAGUACUGAGAUUUUAAAGUGACAGAGGACAGGACGCACUUGAAUUUGGUGCAUCAGUGUCCUAUAAUGCACACCGUACUACCGGGGCUCAGCCUGCCGCUACCGCAGUGUGACAUGGGACUCACUAUUCCUAUGGUGCUGAUGCUGCUGCAAUUCUAGUCAUCCCAACACAGUCGUGCACCUGCUCCAAGCCGCAGACAGCCGCGCCAAUGGGGAGCAUCUUCAGUGUCGCCAACUUCAAGGAGCCCACCACAGUGGAAGACUGUGACUCCACAUGGAAUACUGACUCUGGGGGCGAAGAGGAGCAGCAGGAAGCCGAGGAGGAAGAUGAGAGCGAGGGGGCAGAGAAGAGAGAAAGCGACAAUGAAGAAGAAGAAGUCAUCAAGCAGAAAGAGACCAGUGCAGGCGUUGAUGAGGAGACAACAGCUGAGAGUGUGAUCGCAGAAGGGAAGGCAGAAAUCCCUGAUCCAGAGCAGGGUGACAGCAGCAUUGCAGAACAAAACAUCAAACCAAAGAGAAGCUUUUAUGCAGCGAGGGAUUUAUACAAGUAUCGACACCAAUAUCCACAGAAUUUUAAGGAUCCUCGCUCUCCAAAUGACCUGUGCAAUCUGAGAUUUUACAUGAAUAAGAUCCCUUUCAAACCGGAUGGUGUUAAUAUUGAAGAGAUUUUAAAUAAAUGGAAAGGUGACUAUGAAAAGCUGGAACAUAAUCACACCUACAUACAAUGGCUUUUUCCUUUAAGAGAGCAAGGCUUGAAUUUCUAUGCUAAAGAGCUGACUUCGUAUGAAAUUGAGGAGUUCAAAAAAACAAAGGAAGCAAUGAAAAGAUUCCUUUUGGCGUACAAGAUGAUGCUGGAUUUUUUUGGGAUCAAAUUGAUUGAUAAAAAUGGAAACGUUUCACGGGCUCCAAACUGGCAAGAAAGGUUUCAGCACUUGAAUGAAUCACAGCACAAUUAUUUAAGAAUUACCCGGAUUUUGAAAAGUCUCGGAGAGCUUGGCUAUGAAAACUUUAAGCCACCACUAGUAAAGCUUUUUCUUCAGGAGUCUAUUGUUGCCAACAUAAUUCCAAGUAUGAGGCAAAGUGCACUGGAGUAUUUUGUAUACACCAUUAAAGACAGAAGGCAAAGGAGAAAACUUUUACGAUUUGCCUGCUUUCAUUAUAAGCCGCCUGAACACUUUAUUUGGGGGCCACCCAAUAAAGAGAAGGCAGACGAAAACAAAGCAGUUAAAAAGACAGCAACACCAAGCUCCCAGAAAAAACAGCCUCAUGUAGAAAAGAAAUCAAGGAACACCAAAAGCAUCAAAGCCCCGGAGAGCCCAGCAGUUCAGCAGGUCGAAGAAAAGGGAACAGAAACCAUGCAAACUGAAGAAAUCAACAUGCAGGCAACAGCUGAAGUUAUUUCUGAAAUAGAAGUUUGUGAUGAUGGAACAGUUACACCUGAGAACAAUAGCUCUAAAACAGAGGAAACAGACACUUGCCAUGAUGAACCAGUUACAUCUGGGGACAGUUGCUCUAAAACAGAGGAAACAGACUCUGGCAAUGGUGAAACCAGGUCUCUGGACACAGAACAUGAUUUAAAAAGACCUGACACUAAUAGUGAAACAUGCUGUAAAGACAAUAUUAUAAUAGUAGAGUCUACUGAGAAAGAAAGCAAAGACUGUUUAUGCAGCCUGUCACCUGUUACAUCAAACAGUGACGUGACUGAACUUGGAGAAGAAGGAAAAGAAACGUUGGACCUUUUACAAAACAAUUUAGCCAAAUAAAAGCUCCAAACGUUACACUGUUAUUUAUUAAAUGUUGUCCUUUUAUGAGUAAAAAUUAAAUGUAUAACAUUUACUGUCACUAUGCAGGAUGUAAGGUGGUAUUUAUUGAUGGCCUUAAAGUGGACCUGUCACCCAGACACAAAAAUCUGUAUAAUAAAAGUCCUUUUCGAAUUAAACAUGAAAUCCAAUUUCUAUUUUUUAUUAAAGCAUUCAUAGCUGUUGUAAACUUAUUUACAUGAGUUCUCUGCACCAGUUAAUUUUUUAGCCAGUGCAUGGGGAUGGACAUCAGGUCCCCCAUUCUGGUGCACAAACAAGAUUCUGAGAUGAUGCAAGGCU